AUGUUGUCCCCAACCCCACAAGUGAAUAAGGUAACCACUAUUGUACCUCAUAGACCCACCGAUACUCAAGUCAUCACAAUGAUAACCACACGUAUAUAUUUGCCAUCUCCAUUGCUUCCUCCUCAUGCCCGCACUUCCCAGACUCCCUCGACAACACAUCUCUACCUCCUUCUCAAGUCUCAAGGAUACAAAACAAACACCAUCAUCAUCAUGCCUUCCAGCGCUUUCAACUGGGGUGCCAUCGGUGCGUCUCUUCAACAAACAACCUUUACAAAUCCAGCUAACACACCCUGUGUAGAGGAGGCUAUCGAGAUGAAUGAGGUUGUCCCCGGCAAAGGUAGCAAGAUGGUGUUCAUGCCCGUCGCUCGCGACGUCAUCCAGGACAUGCAGAGCAACGAAAGAAUCACCAUGGCCGCUUUGCGUCAAGACUGCCAGGAAGUCCUCAAACAAGUCAACAGGCAGUACCAGUCAGCAGCCCGCUCCGUCGCCGACAGUGUCACCCUCAGUGUGAAGGAGACUGCCUUCAACAAGCUGAUCAUCAAGAGACAUUUCUUUGCCUUUAUGCUGGGUUGGAUCGAGAUGUCGAGGGUGAAGCAAGGUAUAUCUGAGAUUUCUGAGUCACUGUCGUCCAACUGGAUUCUUGUGCCCAUUGAAUCCAAUUGGGACGUGGAUGCUGAUGAUGCAGACUGGGUCAUGGUUGGGAAGGCCGAUUUGGUUUAG